AUGAAUAGUAAUAGUAAUAAUAUUUGUGGAAUACAUAACAAAAGUCUAAAGUUCAUAUGUUAUGAUUGUAAUGUUUUGAUGUGUUCUGUAUGUUCACCAAAACAUGCACGUCAUUCAUACGAUCAUAUCGAUAAUAUUAAAGCAAAUAUCAAUAAAAAUAAGAGUGAUUUAAACGCCUACUCAGAUGACAAUGAAUUAAAUAAUAAUAAUAAUAAUAAUAAUAAUAAUAUUAGAUUUAAUGAAAUUCAAAGAAGUAUUCAAACGACAUUCGAUUCUUUGAAAAUAAAAGUUGUGGAAUAUGAACAAUUACAACAAACAGAACAUGAAAUCGAAAGUAAAUUCAAAGAGUUACAUGAAUUCCUUGUUGUUGAAGAACAUAGAUUAAAGAAACCAAUCAUCGAAAGUAAACAACAAUUAGAACAACAAAUCGAUAAACAAAUCAAAAUCAUGAAAUCAUUGAAUACUGUCGAUAAUCAAAUCACCAGAUUUAAAUCUAAUAAUAAUGAUGAUCGAUCAGAUUCACAAUCAAAAACGAUAACGACAGCAGAUACAACAGAUAACUAUCAAAUAACAACAAUAAUUCGAUCGAUUUCACAAUGUUCGGAUCACAAUGAAUUCAUUUCAUCGAACAACUAUACAUUGUUCUAUUUCGAUUAUGAUCAACUUGACAACAAAGUAAACAACAAUGAUGAUCAUUCACUCUUAAAUGUAUUACUUGAACAUAAUAAUACAAUUAAAAUCAAUAAUAAUAAUACUGAUGACAAUCAACAACCACAACUAUAUCAAUUAACUGUUAAUAAUGAACAAAUCAAUAGUGCCAAGAAUCAAAUUCAAUCUUCAUUUCAAUUGAAAUCAAAUCAAUCAAAAAUUCAACAAAAUGUAAUAUCAAAUAAAAACAACAAACAAUCAUAUAUAUUCUCAUCUGAUAGCAAAAAUAAAUUAUCAAUCAUCAAUAUUACAGAUCGAAACAACAUUCAUUUUGAACCGCAACAAGAUAUCUAUCUUGGUUCAUCUUCAACAUUCAGCUCAAUGGUUAAAGUUGGUGACUUUCUCUAUAUAUUUGGUGCAAAUAGCAUCUCCAACGGGUAUAUCAAGUAUUCAAUCGAUAACAAAACUUUAGUUAUCAAUGAAAUGAAAGGUGUUGGUCAGUGCAGAUUUUUAUCGACCUGUUAUGAUGGCAAAGAUCAUAUCUAUAUAUUCGAUUGCUUUAAUAAACCAAAAACUGUUAUUUACAGAUACAGCAUCAACGAUUCAACUUUCGAAAGAUACUCGACAACCGAUAUCAUUGCAAGCUACCAUCUAUUCACAUUCUUCUUCAAAGGUCAAAUCUAUACUUUAACACCAGCUACGAUUUUUCAAUUUAAUAUAAACAACAAAACAACAGUUGAAUUAUCAGUUAAAAUCACUGGGAACCCAAUGGCAGCAUGUACAGAUGGCAAUGGCAAUCUAUAUAUUCAAUCAUAUUCAGGACUGCAACGAAUCAAUAUUGAAACCCAUGAAAUCAAAUCUUUCGAAAAGAGUACCAUCGAAAUGAAUGGCUACUACUACAAUUUGAUUUAUCAUCAAUCGAAUGAUGGUCAAAGUUAUAUUUAUUCAAUCAGAGGAAAAAAUCAAAAUUAUUUGUUCUCAUUUGACAACAAUAAAUGGGAACAAAUUCUCCAAGAUGACCCAUCUGACAGAACAAAUUGUGCAAACAUAUUAGACCAAAAAUAA